AUGGCGCCCUCCGCCCCCUCCCGCCCGGCGGCGGGGGCGCGGGCCACUGCGGACGCCGCCGCCGGCUGCUGGUCGGCUGGCUUCACCAGGGGCCUGUGCUGCUCCGGGGUGUUCGGCCCCCAGGGCAACUCGGCCUGCUUCAGUUUCCCAGACUUCACGUUCCUGCGCUGCUGCGGCGCCACGCUGUCGGGCGGGGUUGCCGAGGUCGCGGCCGCGGCUACGAUCUGGGUACCUGGGGGCCGCUCCACCGGGGGGAGGGUGGCCGCCGCUGGCGCCUGGGCCGCUGGCCGCCGUGCGGGCCGCGCUGGCAGACCUGAGCGCGGACUACCUGCACUUCUUCAUCGAGGACCUGACCCGCGGCGCAUGCGGCGGGUGCUGCUGUGCGCCGAGGGCGACGCCGGCGGGGAGUGCGAGUCGUACACCCUCGGCGACGGCCUGUGCGCGCUCGAGGUCGCGGGGCCGAGGGGGAGCGCGGCGCUGGUGCGCUCGCCCUGUAAUCCGCCGAGCUGGCUCUGCCCCCUCGCCGCCCCGGUGGCGCUCCUGCUGCUCCCCAAGGCGGCGUCCACGGCGCUCGCGAACUGGGCGGCGCGCCUGGACCGCCUGCCCGGCCGCUGGUCGGCCCUGCGCGCGGCGGCCGCCGCCGACCUGGCCUCCGCGGGCACCGGUCGCGCCACCGAGCGGCUCCUCGCGCGGCGCUUCGCGAACAGGUCCAGGGCGGAGGUCCUGUCCCUGGUGGACCGCUUCUGGGGGCGCCUGGGCAGCGGCAUCGCUCCGCAUCUCCGGCGCCGCACCCUCGUUUUCUCCCAGCUGCGGGAGCGGCGCGGGGCCGUGGACGCCGUGCCGCCGGCGGGAGACUGCCCCGCCUGCUGCGAGCCAGCGCGGUGGCGCACCCGGGUGGCUGUUGUCAGGCACCCGCUCGCGCGGUUGGUCAGCUACUUCGGCAUGGCCUGGGCGGGUAACCCCCUGCGGGGCAACUUCAGCUCGUGGGGGAGCUUCGCGCCCUGGGUGCGGCACGCCUCUGGCCACGAGGCUGCGCCCGAGGCGGGGCGGGUCUGGGAAUCCUCCGACGACUACCACACGCGCCCGCUCUCCUCCUGGCUCGCCGAGCUCGGCAGCGCCGCCGCCGGCGUGACGUUCCUGCGGCUGGAGCUCCUGGAGGCCGACCUCGCGGCGCUCAGCCGGGCCCUGUGCGCCCUCCAUGGCUUCUGUCGGCCGCUGCCGCCGCUCACGCGGCGCCGUCUGGAAGGCGCAGGGGCCGCCCGUGGCCGCGGGGCGCCGGCGUCCGUGCGCGGGCUGCCGCCGCUGGCCGCGCUGUGGGCGGACCCGGCAGUGAGCUCCGCGGUGUUGGCGGGGUACGGGGCGGACUUCGACCUGCUGGGCUACGACAGGGGCGGGGGCGACUUUUCCCGGGUCGGACGAGAGUGCCGGGGGCUGCCGCCCGAGUGGCGCGAGGCGCGCACGGCCAUGAUGCGCAACCUGCCCAACAAGUACACCCAGCAGAUGCUGCCCGCACGGCGCGGCCAGCCAGCGGCCCCGAGCCGGGUGCAGGCGGUGCACACUUGCGUCGCCGAGGUGCUCGCAAACCGCCUGCAGUGGCAGACCCUGGUGCAGGAGUGCAGGUACGCCUUCAUCAACUUCAUCCAGCCGUGUUACGCGUGGAUGUUCAAGCAGACGUACGAAGGGCGCAAGAUGAGCAGCUUCAACUCCAGCAAGAUCGUGGGCGUCAUGCCCGCCGCUCUCCAGGGCUUCCAGGCGAACUACGACCACUACUCCACUGCUCGAGUGAAUCGCGGGGACCCGUCCACCAGGCCGCUCUUCCUGCGCGAGCCCGACGCCUCGGACGCGGGGCCCGGCGCGGCGGGCUCGCGCCGCGGCCGCAGGAGGCGCGGGGGCGGCGCCAGCGCGAUCGACCUCGCGACGCGCCAGCAGCAGAGGCAGCGCAACGUCAUGGAGCGCCAGCAGCGGGAAGAGCAGGACGGCAGGCAGGCCAGCUGGACGCAGGAAGACAAGAGCGGCGACUGGGGCGACUGGGGCGACUCCCCGGCCGCCGCGGCCGCCCCGGGCGUGCCCCUCAAGGCCGCGCCCCAGGCGGGGGCCGUGCCGCCCAGCGAGGAGGCGCCCGAGCGCGCGCAGUGGACGGCGAACUUCUGCCCGCACUGCGGGGAGAAGGUGCAGGCGCACUUCCUCUUCUGCAGCAACUGCGGCGGGAGCACCGCGAUGCCAAAUCAGCCGAACCCGCGCUGGAUGGGCGAGGAGGCGGCGAUGGCCCCCGCCGCGUCGCCCGCGGCGAUGUACUACAUGGUCAUGCCGAACUGCUACUCGGACGCCAGCCCACCCAACUCCGGGUCCAACCAGACAUGGUUGGCCGCUUGA